GUGAGGGUGGGCAUGGCCUGGCACCCCUGAAAGGGGGUAACCCAGAGAUGCAGGAGUCUGAGGCCGCGGGCGCCUCCGCCUCGCCCGCUCCUGGCCGACUUUCCAGAACCCCGCGCGGAGUCGCAGCUCAUUUUGGUGGGCGGCGGGGAGAGGGGAAGAGGGGAAACGUAAAGACUCAAGACAUCCUUGCGGAGAUUCCGCUUACCUCCUCUACCAGGCAGUGUUUUCUGGUUUUGUUUUUGGCACUCAGGCCCCGCACCCAACAUCCCGUCCUGUUUUGAGAGGAGGAGGGAAGAGAAAUAACGUGGCAGCGCAUAUAAGGCCAGUGGGGAGGUUGGGAAAGGGUGACAGGAGGGGAACGCAAUUUGGAAACAAUCCAGCCAGUUCACUCCCACCCUCACUCUCCGGAUACCUUCCCCGACCACUGCCCCUCCCUUCCCCUUCCCCCGGCCGGCCCCUCGCCUUUGGGGUGCUGGGAAAUGGGAGUGCCACCCUCUGGAGGGGAGAUGGCGGGUUUGGCGCUGUUGGGGCUUCACAGGAGGGGGCACUCUGAGAGAAUGCGGGAUUAAACCGCCGUGCUAACUCCCAGGCUGCUCUCCAGACAACUCCGGCCCACACAGCCCUUCACUCCCGUUUUUUCAGCCCGGCACCAGGAGUUCGGUCUGUCCUUAGGAUGAAGCUCUAACUAAACUGAAGGAAGGAGAAGCAGACCUGAAUCCUUGGAGGUCUGUCUGCUUUUUGGGCCCUGUACAAGUACAUGCCUGGUGGAAGAGACUAAAGUGCUCCUGUUCCCAGCAGGUUUUGGUCCUGCUAAGCUUGCAGCCCCAGCCUGAGCUGAAGUGCCUGGUCCAGACGUGACGCAUCCCACUUGGGCAAGUCAGCUGCACACUCUCGGUCAGAGAAUUAUUCCAGCUGCACCAUGAGCCGCGUUCGGGAUGCUGGCUGUGUAGCCGCGGGGAUAGUGAUCGGGGCUAGUGCCUGGUACUGUGUCUACAAAUACGCCAGGGGAAGAAACCAGAUGAAGAAGAGACUGCCCAAGGCCAGGGCUGUGGCAGGGACUGGAGCCAGGGCUAGGGCUGGGAUAAGGGCCGGAUUCACAAUUGACCUUGGGCCUGGAUUCGGUCCUCCAAUCCCAGUUCGCCCAGGGGCAGAGGACAGGGCCCAGGAUGAUGCCUCUGUUCUGGACAUGACUGGAGCUGAGGCAGUCGCCCCAGCUGCACACAGUGCUGAACCUCAGAGUGGGGCAGGAAGUCAGGGCCAGGAAGCAGAACAAGCCGGGGCUGCGCCUAAGGCGGAGCCAGUAGUUGGGGCCUCAGCACCUUCUGUAAUGGCUCCAACACCCGGGGAAGCAGAGGUUCCCACAAUGGCAGGGGCUCCCAAAUUGGCAGAAGCCUCUAGCCUAGCAGAGGCGCCUGGGGUGCCUCCCGGGGCGCCAGCACCUCCCGAGGCUGCUGCGGAGGCUCUGGUACCCGCAGCGCCUACUGCGUUGGCGGCAGCAUCCCCCGGGGCUGCAGAGGCCCCUGGGACUUCAGGGUCUCCUAGAACAGCAGCCUCUGCCAAGAAAGCGACCCCUGGGGCUCAUACUGGAGCUAUACCUAAGACCGGGUCGGCGACGGGAGCUGUACCCAAAGGUGGAGCCAAGAGCGGAACCAGGUCCCGGACUGGAGGCAAGGGCAAGGGCAAGAAAAACAAGGUUGAAGUAGAUGAAUUGGGGCUGGGCUUCCGCCCUGGGGAUGGGGCUGCGGCAGCUGCGGCAGCCUCCGCUAAUGGGGGACAGGCUUUUCUGGCAGAGGUUCCUGAUUCUGAGGAAGGGGAGUCUGGGUGGACUGACACAGAGUCGGAGUCAGACUCUGAGCCUGAUACUCAGCAGAGAGGGAGAGGAAGGAGACCCCCUCCCAUGCAGAAGCGCCCCUUUCCUUAUGAAAUUGAUGAGAUUCUGGGUGUCCGAGAUCUCAGGAAAGUACUUGCUUUGCUACAAAAAUCGGAUGAUCCUUUCAUCCAACAAGUAGCUUUGCUUACUUUGAGCAACAAUGCCAAUUAUUCAUGCAACCAAGACACAAUUCGAAAAUUGGGAGGCCUCCCAAUUAUUGCAAAUAUGAUCAACAAAACCGAUCCCCACAUUAAGGAAAAAGCCUUAAUGGCCAUGAAUAACCUGAGUGAGAAUUAUGAAAAUCAAGGCCGUCUUCAGGUAUACAUGAAUAAAGUGAUGGAUGAUAUCAUGGCCUCUAACCUGAACUCCGCAGUACAGGUAGUUGGACUAAAAUUUUUAACAAAUAUGACUAUUACUAAUGACUACCAGCACCUGCUUGUCAAUUCCAUUGCAAACUUUUUCCGUUUGCUAUCUCAGGGAGGUGGAAAAAUCAAGGUUGAGAUUUUGAAAAUACUUUCGAAUUUUGCUGAAAAUCCAGAUAUGUUAAAAAAACUGCUCAGUACCCAAGUGCCAGCAUCGUUUAGUUCCCUCUAUAACUCUUAUGUGGAAUCAGAAAUUCUUAUUAAUGCCCUAACCCUAUUUGAGAUAAUCUAUGAUAAUCUCAGAGCAGAAGUAUUCAACUACAGAGAAUUCAAUAAAGGUUCCCUUUUUUACUUAUGCACUACAUCUGGAGUGUGUGUUAAGAAAAUUCGAGCCUUAGCAGAUCACCAUGAUCUCUUGGUGAAAGUGAAAGUCAUAAAACUAGUGGACAAAUUCUGAUUGGCUAGGUGCCCUCAAAAGACUUGAAACGUAUUGCAGUCUGGGAGCAAAAAAAAUUGAAAGUUACUGCUUUUCCACUUGCUCAUAUAGUAAAGGGAUCCUUUCAGCUGCCAGUUUUAAAUAAUGCAUCAUCCAGAGUGAUGUUAUCUGUGACAGUCUCCAGCUUUAAGCUGAACCAUUUUAUGAAUACCAAAUAAAUAGUCCUCUUGUACUAAAAACACAUUUGUGACUUUAAUUGUGCUGCUUGAAUGGAAAUAUUUUUACUUGUUCCUCUAUGUGAAUUGACAGUGAACCUGUCCAUGAUAAAUAGCCUACACUUCUAUCAUUUGUUUUGACUUGAAUUUAUUCACCAAAGACUUCAUUUGUGUAUCAUCAAUAAAGUUGUAUGUUUCAAAUGAUAAAAA